GAAACGAUCAACGCUAUUUGGAACGACAUGUCGAAGUUAUCAAUCCCGUCAUGGGUUUCCAUUGCUCCAACCAAAUCCGGCUCUACCGAGCAUGGAAAACUGAGUGCCGACCACUAUCGCUCCCUUUGUUCAGUCAACCUCCCGUAUACCCUUGGUCGUCUGUGGGGUAACAAGGUCUCCACCAAAACUGCAUUGAACUACCCAGCCAUGUAUUCGAAUUUCAUGGACUUGGUGUCGGCAGUCAAGAUCGCUAUGAUGCGGAACAUGACUGCUUCGCGAAUAGACAAGUACAAUUUCUACAUGAAACGCUAUCUACAAGGUCUCCUAUCCUUGUAUAAAGGGGUGACGUUAUCACCAACGCAUCACUUGGUGCUUCAUUUUGGGGAGCAGCUUGCGAACUUCGGCCCAGUCCAUUCUUGGCGAUGCUUUCCUUUUGAGCGCUAUAAUGGACUUAUCCAGAAAAUUUCUACUAAUAAGCGCUUUGGUGAGCUCGACUGUUACCUGAAGACUAGUUUCUGA